AUGCAACAGGAAAUUCAGGCCUUAGAAAGAAAUGGGACUUGGUCCUUAGUUCCCCUGCCUCCUGGAAAAGUACCAAUCGGUUGUAAAUGGGUAUAUAAAUUGAAGUAUAAAGCAGAUGACACUCUAGAAAGGUAUAAGGCAAGACUAGUUGUCAAUGGCUUUACACAACAAGUUGGGAUUGACUAUGAGGAGACUUUUUCUCCUGUGGUUAAGAUUGUUACUGUUAGGCUUGUGUUGGCUAUUGCUUCCAUGAAAAAUUGGCCACUUUAUCACAUGGAUGUUGACAAUGCAUUUCUUCAAGGAGAUCUAUAA